GGACUUUAGUUGUAGAGUCAUUUCAGUGCGUCGGAGGCUUUACUGAGUCUGACUUCACUAAUUUGUUUGCAUGAUUUUGACAUUGUUGCAACACGUUUUGUCCCUCUAAAAAGGCAUUUUUUCUUUUGACGUUAUGGCGCUGCUCAGAGGACUGACCGUGUUUAAUAGAGUUUUAACUCCAAACAAGUGUUUAACACCAGCUCGAUUGUUUGGAAAUGGGACAAACACUUUAUACCAGAGUGGUUCUCAAGCUAGAUUCUUCCCACCUUCUGAAAGUGUUAUGCUUCUCCCAGGAACUUACAAAAACAAAGUGGCCUUCAUCACUGGAGGAGGAACAGGACUCGGAAAAGCCAUGACCACUGCUCUGUCUUCACUGGGAGCAGAGUGUGUGAUAGCCAGCAGAAAUCUUGAUGUUUUGAAGAAAACAGCAGAGGAAAUCUCACAACAGACAGGGAACAAGGUCCAUGCCGUCCAGUGUAAUGUUCGAGACCCUGCUUCAGUGGAAGCUGCUGUUGACCAGCUUGUCAAUGAUGUCGGCCUGCCUGAUGUGGUGAUAAACAAUGCCGCUGGAAACUUCAUCUCUCCUUCAGAGAAGCUCUCUCCCAAUGCCUGGAGAACCAUCACUGACAUAGUGUUGAACGGCACUGCUUAUGUCACGCUAGACAUAGGAAAACGCCUUAUCAAAGCUGAGAAAGGUGCUGCUUUUCUGGCCAUCACCACUAUCUAUGCCGAGAGUGGCUCAGGAUUUGUUGUGCCAAGUGCUGCGGCUAAAUCUGGAGUGGAGAAGCUGUGCACGUCUCUGGCAGCAGAGUGGGGCAGAUACGGCAUGAGAUUCAAUGUUAUUCAACCAGGACCAAUCAAAACCAAGGGUGCGUUUAGCAGACUGGAUCCCACUGGCCGGUUUGAGAAGUCGAUGUUCGAGAAGAUACCCGUAGGUCGUCUGGGCUCUCCUGGAGAGAUCGCCAACCUUGCCGCCUACCUCUGCAGCGACUACGCCAGCUGGGUAUCAGGCGCGAUCAUUCGAAUGGAUGGUGGCGAAUAUGUCUCCUCGGCUGGCGAGUUCAAUGGUCUGAAGGAGGUCACAAAGGAGGAAUGGGCCAUGAUGGAAUCAAUGAUCAGAAGCACAAAGGGAUCGUAAACCUCUAAAACUGCUGUAACACUGCACUAAUGACAGUCCUAAUCUCAAUCUCCCAUUGUAACAGAGAACGAUCAAUUGAAAUAUGGUUUGUAGAUUGUAUAAAUUGAGACUUAAGUUGUCCUGGCACAUACAAAUAUUUGUUCUGUGACACGUUUAUUGUGGGCUGUAAGGAAUUGUUGUUUGGAGUAUUAGAGCCAUACUGAAUUAAAAAAUGUUUUUUAAA